AGAGCGAGCUCUUGGGAGCUCUGCCGGCGGCUGCUCGCCCCGGGCUCUGCACAGCCACCAAGCCCUUGGCGAGGCUACUGUCCCCGGGCCGGGGAACCAGGACUACAACGCCCAGGCUCCGUCAUCCCAGCGGCAGUAGGCAGGGCUGUAGCAACGUGGCGCUGUGCAGCAGCACCCCCUGGCUCAGCGCUGCCGGGCGCUAGUGGGGCUGGCGGGGCAGGGAAAGUUUCUGGGGCGGGAGUUUCGAGCCGGAUCGUGGCAGGCGAGGCGUGCCCGAGCCUGGGGCACCCAGACUGGGGGGGGGGAGAGCGGGCACCCCGCCCCAGGCGGGAAGAGUGCGGGACUUUAGUGGCUGGCUGCCCGGGGAGCCUGGAUGUGGAUCCCCGGUCCAGAGACGGGGAGCCCCGCUCCGCUCCGGGUCUGGUUCAGAGCCCCCCUGCUCAGGGCUGGUGCUGCAGCGGGGGCGGAUCCCCCCCAGGCACAGAUGAUCGGAGGGACCUGAAUCCGUCGGUCUGGGUUUUACUCCCCACUCCCUGCUGGAUUGUCCCUGGCUGUUUGGAAACAAACUUGAGCCGAACUCCCCGGCCUCUCGCAUCGCCAUGGGUCGUGCAUUGCUAGUCCUCCUGUUGCCUGCAACAGUCUCUCUCCUGGGUGGGUUAAUGUUCGGAUAUGAGCUGGGGAUUAUCUCUGGUGCCUUACUGCAACUGCAGAUGGACUUCCACCUCAGCUGCUUUGAACAGGAAAUCCUUGUGAGUUCCCUGCUCAUUGGGGCUCUCCUUGCCUCUUUGGUUGGUGGGAUCUUCAUUGACCGUCACGGAAGGAGGAGGGCGAUACUGGUCAGCAACCUAAUCUUGUUGUGUGGCAGCCUCAUUCUAACAUUGGCAGAAUCAUUUAUUUGGCUGGUAUUUGGACGUAUGACUGUAGGGUUUGCAAUCUCUAUGUCGUCCAUGGCAUGCUGCAUCUAUGUCUCUGAAAUGGUGGCUGCACAUCACCGAGGGCUGCUGGUGUCUCUCUAUGAAGCUGGCAUCACCGUGGGCAUCUUACUUUCAUAUGCCCUGAACUACAUCUUCUCAGACAUGGCUGAGGGAUGGAGAUACAUGUUUGGAUUGGCUCUUGCACCAACUGUCAUACAGUUUCUCAGUAUCCUGCUCCUCCCGACUAAGCCUGUUGUAUUAAACCUAUGGGACUAUGACUCUCAGAAGGGCCUCAUUCAACUGAAGAACAGUGAAGAUGGAGAGGAAGCAAAGCCAGAGCCAUGUAAGGAGAAGCAUUAUUCCUUUCUUGACCUUUUCAGGUCUAGAGACAACAUGAAAAGCAGGACUCUGGUUGGCCUGGGAUUGGUGCUCUUUCAGCAGUUCACCGGGCAACCUAAUGUGCUGUGCUAUGCUUCCAAAAUCUUCCGCUCCGUGGGAUUUCAGAAUGAUUCAUCAGCUGUCCUGGCUUCUGUGGGGCUCGGGGUGAUGAAGGUGAUUGCAACAUUAAUUGCAAUGGUUUUUGCAGAUAAGGCUGGCAGAAGGGUAUUACUGAUUGCUGGGUGUGUAGUGAUGUCUGUUUCCGUCACUGCUAUUGGCCUCACCAGCUGGACUGUUUCACUGGAUAAGGCCAGAGACUGUAAGACUGCCACAGAGCCCAAUGCUUCGUACACCAUAGCACAACAUCCCAUGCAGCCAGUAUCCUCCCAACCAGCUGUGUUGUACAUCCCACGGACUUCAGCUACUGGUGAAAGUCAAGUGAGUCCCGGUUUUGCUCUUACCAGACCAGAGGGCCUUACAAAAGCCUUUGCCAGUGCUAGAAACAGAGAGAUCAUUACAGAGUCUUCCCGCACUCAGAAAAUGGACCUGCCAAGUCAGUCCAAUGAAGAGAUGGUGCAAAGCACAAGCUCUCCUUUCAGUGAUACUCCCAGUAGGGAACAUAUGGUUUUAAAUUGGAUUACUUUGCUGAGCAUGAUGGCCUUUGUGAGCGCAUUCUCAAUUGGAUUUGGACCAAUGAUAUGGCUGGUCCUCAGUGAAAUCUAUCCUGCUGGAAUAAGAGGAAGGGCCUUUUCCUUCUGCAACAGCUUUAACUGGGCUGCUAAUUUACUGAUCAGCCUCUCAUUUCUUGAUCUCAUUGAUGCCAUAGGCUUGUCAUGGAUGUUUCUUCUCUACGGAGUAGUGGGAGUGGCAGCUGUUAUAUUUAUUUAUCUUUUUGUUCCGGAAACGAAAGGACAGUCUCUAGAGGAGAUAGACCAGCAGUUCUCAAGGAAACGGUUGUUGAAAGGAAACACAUUCAGGCGAAGAUUUGGAAGAAGGGGAAACUUUGCACAUGCUCAGUACCAAAGAGUGGAGCACUCCAGCGUCUCCUGAAAGAAGCCACCUGCAGCGAGUGUCACUGUCAGGAAACAAACAGGGUCUGUGACAACAAGAGAUUUAUUCUGGAUAGCUUCAACAUAAGGCAGUCACUGGCUCGAAGGAAAAGACCUGGCACAAUAAGCCAGCACGCUGAACUCAUUGCAGUGCCUUGAAUCUUGAGACCAGAUGUUAGCGAUGCUGUAGAUUGUGUCCCUGUAUAUAUGUGCUGUAUGUAUAGACAGUAGCAUUCUGAACUCUGAAGAGGGACCCUUUCAUUGCUUUGGUAUCUUUUAUUAUUUCAGAGGUUGGAACCUCCCACUGUUUGUUGAAUUGAUGUUUUUUAUAUUUGAGAAAUAAAGCACAACUUUUGCCAAGAA